GUCAGCAGGUGCGCGUGAAAUUAAUACUCCCGGUGAUUAGUCUUUGGCAGGUCCAAAAUGAAGACUUACGUUGCUAUUGCUCUGUUACUCUGUGUAUUGGCAGCUGCCUCUGUAGAAGGAUACUGGUAUGGAGGUUAUUAUGGAAGGGGCUUAUUUGGUUACGGAGGUUAUGGGGGCUAUGGAGGCUAUGGAUAUGGGAGAUUUCCAUACUACGGCCAUGGACAUGGCGGACUCUACUAUAACCCAGUCCACGGACUUCACACCCACAGUCACCAUGAUUUUGACCACCCAGUUUACUGAUCCUGCUGUUAUCCCGGGUUAAUGACCUGGUCAUCUGACUGAUGUUAAUUGUUCAGCUAAUAAAACAUGUAGAAUUUUGAGAA